GCUGCCUGGGACUGUGGAAGGUGGUCAUGAUACGAGCAAGUGUGGUAAAGGCUUGCCGCCUGGGAACAGCGGCUAAAUGGAACCAACACAGGAUAAAGAUGGUUGACAACUAUGUUGCAUUUCAGCAUUUCAUGCACACUGCGCGCAUUCCUUGUGGAACCACAAGUACUGCCACAAAUUCUCAUGACAGUCAAAUCCGGUGGAGGUUCCCUGUUGACGACAAGACAGAAGGCAUGAUAGCACAAAUACAUCACCAGAUUGCGAGCCAGACCUGCAUCUCCACCCUCAACGCCGUCACUCCUAUCACCCACGAAUUGAUGGAGGAGGCUCUCAACAUCCUCUACGAAAAAGUUGAAUCCCUGAGGUUAUGCUUUCGCCUUCGUGAUAAUCAACUGUGGGUGGCUGACAUGCCUCGACGUGUGCUAGAUUUCAAGUCUGUAAACGGGACUGACGUGGAGAUUGAGCAAAACAAUUUGACCAAGUCUCCAUUUGACCUCCACAAUGGCCCUCUGUGGAAGGCACGGCUAAUGACCUAUCCAGAAAAUGCGCCUUGCCAGUUCCCCGAAAUCAAGGAAAAAUUCCCACACCAGUAUGACCUUCUGCUCUCCCUGCACCACGCUGCCAACGACGGCGUAGUAGUGAUGCUAGUAAUGGAGCUGUUGCACAACAUUAUAGACCGCCUCCUUCAAGGUCUUCCUGUUGAUCGCCGACCAGUGGGAGAGUUGCGUGACAGUGUUGAAGCAAGAGAGAUGGAAGACCAGAUCAGAACUGCCCUACAAAACGAUCCGACAAGACUAGCAGCGGCGCAGCGAGAACACGAAAAGAGCAAACACCUUCCUCUCCUCGUCGAGGCUUACGGGAGUCCCAGGGAGGCAGAGGAGCCCUUCACUUAUUACUUUCCAUCAGUGCUUCUUGAAAAUGAUGCAGUGAACAGGAUCAUUCACAAGUGUCGCUCGCUGGGUGUCACCCUGAACUCUUUUUUUACCGCCGUUAAUAACACCGCUAUGGUUGAGCUGGCUCGUGAUGGCGGCCUAAAAAGAAACAACUAUUCCAUCACUAGCAUUCACCCUGUUAACUGUCGUCGGCUAAUGAAGAAAAGCUCCAUACCUUACCUGGGCUUCCAUGCACUCCCACUGUGCCUGAACAUGGUUACACCUCACAAUGUAAAGGAUCACUUCUGGGAAUACACAAAACACCUCGACACUGAAUUCCGUAAGAAAAUCAAAGAAAACUGGAUGAUCGAGGAGAGGGUAGUGGCUAGCAUGUUGAGGCCUGAAGGUUACUCUCACAAUGAAUAUUUCUCUCAGCCCUUGCCUCUCACCUGUGAUUAUGGAUUCACUAACCUCUACAGCCCAGGAAACACUGUUGAAGGCAAUGGAAAAUUCGUUCAGGUAACUGCGGCUCAUAACCAAUCCAUCUUUCACAAAGGACCUUACACAUUUGUUGGUGGAGUGUUUGGCUUCCGUGGUCAUGUACGCUUCGAGAUGAGUCAUUCGAAGAUAACUGUAAGCAAGGAGGUCACGCGCAUGUUUUUCGACAAAAUUCUGACUCUUAUCACUGAUAUAUCUAAUGCAAUAAUUUAGUUUCACCUCAGAGUAGGAAGUACUUAGUUGGAUCUGUCACAGAAAAUAAUCAGAUGAUGAUGGCAAGAAGAUACCUUAUGUUGUAAUCCAAGAAACACCAAGAAGAGAUGAAACAACUAGGAAGAAAGAAGAAUGAGAUAAGAAUGAAGAAGUAAGAAAGUAGAAGGAAUAUAUGACCGAGAAAGAAUAUAAACAUGGAGGCGAUCAAGAGUACAAGAAGCUGUCACUAACCUGCCAGAUGAGAGACAGAACGUGACCAACGAGGAGAAUAACAAAAUAUGGUGAAUCGUCACAAGACUAACAGAGUCGAAGAGCAGCAGCAGAUUACAAGGAGAUAUCCAGGUGGCUUUAGUUCACAAGGGAACCAGAAGUCACCGGCAGCUAAUGACGUGGACAAGACGGACAGCGGGAUCAUCAUUAUGAAAUUUCUCCUCGUUGUUCCUGAUAAGAUGAGGAUACGAUUUAGCGAAGUUACUGAAAAUUUAAACUUAUUGAGAGCUAUGGGAAAAUAAGCCUUGUAAUCAAAGUACUGGAAAAUAAAUCUUAUACUAAAUGAAAGCCUUUUUGGGCAAAAACUCACUUUAACAUCACAGUGUAUGUAUAUCAUGAGGUGUAGGAGAGGAGAACAGACAGGAACAGGGAGACAAGCUGGAGAGAGGUAUCAGACCAGAGAGGGUCAAGAUAGGCAAGCCUCCGUCACAGAACUAGUAAGUAGAGCCUAACAGUUGUAAUGUAGUCCGGAGUAAAAUGUUUACUUUAUAUAAGUGAAAGAGAGGGAUUGGGUAUGUGUAUAGGAUGUGUUUUCUUAUUAAAUGUUAAUUGCAUGAACAUAUUCGAUUCGAAAAUGUAAUGUGAAACGUUUCGAGAUAUUUCAAUAAUUAUUUAGAAGUAUUUUGUUCUGCUAGGAAGCUGUGUAUAACGACAGGGAAUCACAUAUGAUUGUGUGAAUAUAAAUAUAUGAAAAUAUAGCCAUUUAGGUAAAGUUUACAAAA